AUUUUUUCUAAAGAAGAUAAACAACAACAACAACAACAACGACCGACAAAAAAAAAAGGAAGAAAGAGAGGAACCAUUUUUUGAAGACUUCAGAAAUACUAGAUAUUUCGAAAGAUGGAGUUCAAGUUCAACGUCAAUAAACUUCUACCAAGGAAAAUUAACAAGGUUACUCAUAUUCUCAUACCGGAAGAUUUUAAAGGAGAUCGUCGUGAACUAAACGAAUGUCAACGGCAAUUAAGUAAAAUUUUGGACGACAUGGGAGAAGCUUCUGCUAAGGCUCAAGGAUUGAGUAAAUCAAUAACAAGUGCUGUUAAACUUCGUGACACAGAUCACAUUGUUUAUCUUUUCGUAGACAACGAAGCGAACAACAACCUGGGAAGCGUGGUAGGGUUGCUGAAAACUGGAUCAAAGAAUUUGUUCAUGUUCGAUGAAACGGGAGCGAAUUAUCAGUUGAGACCACGGUGUAUCUUGGAUUUUUAUAUUCAUGAAUCCCGACAGCGUAUGGGACUUGGAAAUAUUCUUUAUCAGUACAUGCUGUCCGAAGAAAAUAUUAGGCCAGUGAAAUUGGCGAUUGACCGACCUUCGGAGAAAUUUCUUGCCUUUCUACAAAAACAUUAUGGAUUGACGAAAAUCAUUACGCAGAAUAAUAAAUUCGUUGUGUUCCAAGGAUUUUUCGAUGACGAAAUUCAAGAUGUCAGAGCUAAUAGAUACAGUUUACCACCAAGACAUUCUUUUGAUAUCGGCACACCACCAAAUAAUAAUGCAGCAAAAAGUAAUAGUACGAAUGGUAUACCGUAUGUUUCUACAGUUACUCGUAGUUCUUACGGUAGAUACGCUGCUGGACGACCGCCAUGUUCAAUGGCAAACAUAAUCCAUAAUACCGCGAUGCUUGGUCAAUCAAUUGAACGUACAGGCGAGGACAUUAUCUCUUCUCCUAUUACAACAAAACUGGAACGACCACGAUCUUUAAGCUUGUAUUCGGAGGAAGAUCAAAAGCAACAUACAAAUGAAUUACCAAUUAUAUCAACGACAGUUGUUCCUAAUAAUGAAGCAACAUCAUUCGCUCCUGUUAUAAUAGAAACUGAAAAAACUGUUAAACCAUCCCCUUCGUGCAGCCAAGAAGUAACUGGAAACAAUCAGCACGGUCAUCUUGAUCUUAAAUUUUAUCAUUCACCGUUGUGGUAAAGAAAGAAAAAAAAAAAAGAGGAACGUUUAUAAAUGACAUUUAUCAGAAACAAGAUAGAAAUAAAGAAUUUGAUGCUACGGUAAUAAUUCCCGUUCAAAUGCUUCUUAAUACGUAUUAUGUUAAAAAAAAAAAAAAAAAAAAAAAAGCAUUGCGUUUUUAUGACAAAACUUUUUCUCGCGUGAUUUUUCCUUUUAAUUGUUUAUUUAUAUUUUUAUCUCUUUAUGAUCAUUACUUUUUUUUUUCAAGAUUCUUAUACACACACAUACACACACAUAUGCUUUUAAAUAUACUUAAUUAGUUUAGUACUUAAUUUUUAUUGUAAUAAUUGCAUAUACAGUAUUAAUAUCAUAUUAGUUUAAUACUCUAUCAAUACAGAGUACAAUAAUAGAUGCAUCAAAAAAUUGAUACUAAAUUGUAGAAUUUAUAAGAAUAGUGGCAGACUAGUUUUUAACAAAUGAUAAAAAUUAAACCUAUUAAAUCAGGACUAGGAUUUAAUUAUAUAAAUUCUAUACUGACACCGAGAUAAAUAUCUAGUCAUAAUAUAUAGGGUAUAUAAUUUACAGUCUCAUAUUAUGAAAUAUUUUUAUUACUUUUUGUCCACGUAUGUAGAUAAUGAAUUAAAUAAAAAAGAAAAAGAAAAAAAAAAAGAAAGAAAUUCGUUAUGGUAGAGAAUAAUUUGACAAAACUAAAGAAUCAUAUAAUUUCCUUAAGAAGAACACUUGUCAAUCAUAAAAAAAACACAUAUAUAUAUAUCGAAUUGUAACAGAGAAUUUGUAAAAAAAAAAAAAAAAAAAAAAAAGAAAGAAGAAACGAAAAAAGAAAUGGUUCAUUAGAAAAGCAUAACAAAUAGAAUAUUUAAAGGUCAAUUAAUUCAUACGUCAUCUAUUUUUUCGUUUGUAAUCCAAGUAACUAAAUUUAUACAUGUAUCUUGACUUAAAUACAUGUAACCAAUAAUCAUUCCUUCAA